UUUUUUACUGCUUCAAUUAGUUGUAUCUAAAUAAAUUAAAUAAAUAACCAUAAUUUGUUGUUUCAUUUUUAUUUUAUUUUUUCCUCUCACAUGAAAGCUGUCUAUGUUUCCACCAGUGCGUAAAAUUCGCUCCACCACUCACAACCACCAAUUUCAAAACCCUAACUCCCUAAUUCUUACAAUGUUGUUGUUAUCGUUAUUCCUCCUCUGCAAAGAAAAACCCUAAAUUAUGCAAAGGACUUUUUCAUAUGCUUCUUUUACAAGAUAAAGAAUAUAAUGGGUAAGAAUUAGUAUUCGAUAUAGAAAUGUUGAAUACAGAGAUCUGAUCAUAUUGAAUUUACUGGCUGAGGAGAUUGGAUAUCAAUAAGUAAUAUAUUGUUUGGGAGUUAUGGAUGUUGCCGAGGUUGAAGAAAGUCUUUUUGCAGCCAGUGAUGCUAAGCUGCAUCGAGGGAUGUGUAGCGUGCUAUCUGGGAUUGUUUGCAAAAUAUUGGAAAUCUUUCCAGUUUUAGAAGCUGCAAGACCUGGAAGCAGAUCGGGCAUCCAGGCCUUAUGUGCAGUGCAUGUUGCACUUGAGAAAGCCAAGAAUCUACUUCAACAUUGCUCAGAUUGUAGUAAACUUUACUUGGCUAUAACUGGGGACUCUGUUCUCCUAAAAUUUGACAAGGCUAGGUCUGGUCUCGCUGAUAGUCUGAGGCGCGUUGAAGAUAUUGUCCCACAAUCUGUUGGUCUCCAGAUUUCAGAGAUUGUAAAUGAACUGGAAGCAACCGUGUUUUCACUCGACCAAUCAGAGAAGCAAGUUGGUGACGAAGUGAUUGCUUUGCUCCAGCUGGAUAGAAAAUUUAACAGCAACUCUAAUGCCAAUAAUGAGCUUGAGACCUUUCACCAAGCUGCCUCAAAGCUUGGAAUUACUUCUUCAAGAGCGGCACUCACGGAGAGAAGAGCUCUUAAGAAGCUUAUUGAAAGAGCCCGCGUUGAGGAAGAUAAGCGAAAGGAGUCCAUUGUGGCUUACCUAUUACAUCUCAUGAGAAAAUAUUCCAAGCUAUUCCGAAGUGAGUUUUCAGAUAACAAUGAUUCACAAGGAUCAGCUCCGUGCUCCCCCACAGUACUGGGCUCUGAAGAGAGUGGUUGGUCUGGAGGAAACAGCCAAACCUUUGAAAGGCAGCUUUCAAAACUCUGCUCUUUCAAUUUUAAACCUAUCCGCAAGAGAUCGGAGCCGUUGCCAGUACCACCAGAGGAGUUGAGGUGCCCGAUCUCAUUGCAGCUCAUGUAUGAUCCUGUCAUCAUUUCAUCUGGUCAGACUUAUGAGAGGAUCUGCAUCGAGAAAUGGUUUGGCGAUGGUCACUAUACCUGUCCUAAAACCCAGCAGCAUCUCGACCAUCGAUUUUUAACUCCAAAUUACUGUGUGAAGGGUCUCGUUGCUGGUUGGUGUGAACAGAAUGGAGUACCUGCUCCUGAGGGACCUCCAGACUCACUCGAUCUCAAUUACUGGAGGCUGGAACUAUCUGAGUCUGAGUCCACGAAAUCAAGAUCCAACGGAAGUAUCAGUCCUUCCAAGUUGAAGCCAGUUAAGGUGAUUCCUCUGGAAGAUAGUAUUGUUGAAGAAGCCAAUGGGAGCGAAAAGGAAGAGGAAUCUGGCCAGGACUGUGAAGUGGACACGUUUGAAAGGUAUCAUAGCUUACUAGGGAUCUUGCGCGAAGAGGGAGACAUGAAGAAACAGUGCCAAGUGGUAGAACAAAUACGGCGUUUAUUGAAGGAUGACGAAGAAGGUAGGAUGUUUAUGGGGGCCAAUGGGUUGGUUGAAGAGCUGGUGCGGUUUUUGAGUUUGGCUGUCCGUGAGGGGACUGCGAAUAGUCAGGAAACUGGAGCCAUGACUCUCUUCAACCUCGCUGUUAACAACAACAGGAAUAAGGAGAUGAUGCUAUCUGCCGGAGUAAUUCCUGUGUUGGAGGAAAUGAUCCUAAAUCCAGAGUCGUCUGAACCAGCUUCUGCUCUUUAUCUGAACCUUUCAUGUCUAGAAGAAGCAAAACCGAUAAUUGGAUCAAGUGAAGCAGUUCCUUUCUUAGUUCAAAUCCUCCAAAGUGACAAAACACAACAAUGCAAACUUGACGCCCUCCAUGCAAUCUAUAAUCUCUCCACAAACUUGUUGAACAUUCCACACCUUCUCGCUGCCGGGAUCAUAGAAAGACUCCUGCAUCUCCUUGCAGAUCACGCGUGGGUCGAAAAAACAAUUGCUGUAUUCAUAAACAUAGCCUUCAACAAAUCAGGCAGAGAAGAAAUUAUCUCAGCACCAGGUCUUGUAAGCAAACUAGCUGAUAUCUUAGACAUUGGCGAACCGGUUGAGCAAGAGCAAGCCGUUGCAUGUAUCUUGAGUUUAUGCAAUGGAGAUGAAAAAUGCAGCGACAUGGUGCUGCAAGAAGGGGUAAUUCCUUCAUUGGUUUCGAUUUCAGUAAAUGGCACAAAUAGAGGUAAAGAAAAGGCACAGAAACUGCUAAUGUUGUUUCGAGAACAACGUCAGAGAGACCUUUCACCUGUUAAGGUUGAGAAGCCACCACCAAUACAAGUACCACCAAAGAGCAGUGAAGGGAGUUUCCUCACUCCACCAAGAAAAAGCAAUGAAGGUAACUUACCGACUCCACCACGGAAGAGCAACGAAGGGCGGUUACCCACACCACCGCCUGCUCCAGAGCGUAGACCCAUGUAUAAAUCAGCAUCUAGAAGAUUGGGAAGAGGUUGGAGUUCUAUAUGGAAGAACAAACCCUUCUCAGUUAACCAGUAUUAAGAGAGAUAUGUAUGUCCCUCUUUUGGUUAGCUAUGUAUAUUCCUUUGUUUGUAACAAUUUGUUGUAUUACUAGAAUUUGUUUAUUAUUUCUCCUCCGAAGAAAGAAGAAAAGAAAGGAGAGAUGUAUAGGUUACUGUAAUAUUUUGUAUGCUUUAUAGUGAUCUUUUCAGUUGCUCCCAUUUGGGCAGGAACAAAGUAAUUUAUCAACCAUGAAAGUAUCAUCUA